AUGGCGGCUCCCGCAGCGGUCAGGAGGCGGCACCCGGGCCGUGCAGGGCUGUCGGCUGGAGAAGCAGCUCCGGCGCGGCGGCCUCCGGGCCCCGUCUCAGCACACCACCCCCGCGGCUCCCUUCCCCCACCCGGCCUUCGGCGGGGCUGCCUGGGACACACGGUCCCCUUCCCGCUGCUCCCCAGUUCCAGGGCGGUGCGCCCCGGCUCCUGGUCCCCCGCGGCGGGAGCCCCUCGGGGGGCAGGUGUGUUGGGAGUUCCCACCAGCUCUCGUUCCCGCAGCACCUGGCGGCCCCGGGUCCGAGGCUGCCCCCCCAUAGAACCCCCGAGGCGGGGGUCUCGGGACCUGGGCCCGCUGGACGUGUCCUGCUCCCCUAGCCACGCCCCUCCGCUAUUCUCUGGAGAAGCCCUGACCCCGGGUGCCCCCCCACAGCCCCCAGAUCCUGCGCCAGCCGGGCCGGCCUCCGCUCCGCGCGUCCCUGGCUGUGUGGGGGAGACAGAGGCACCGCGCGGGGACCCGUGCGGAGGAGGACCUGCCGGAGCCUGGCUGGCAGGGCUGGUGGGAGGUGCAGCCCUGUCCCCUGCCCGGCUCUGCCUGCGGCCGAGGGCCCCCCGGACACCCAGUCCCCACAAGCUCCAGCUUCCCGGACGCCUUGUGGGCGCCGCUGGUGCAGUGGACUUUCCUCUACUUCGCAGCCCCCGGGCGCGGCAGGGCCCGUCUGCCUGGGACUCCCGGCCAGGGUGUGGGAGGAACAGUGGGCGACGGGCCACGGGAGCCACCCUGCACAUCUCCUCCUGGUGGCUGUCUGCCCAGGAGUGGGGGUGCCCAAGGCCUGGCUUCAGCAGCAGGAGCGGAGGGGAGGGCCCGGAAGAGAGCCGCCAGGCAGCAGCGGGGGAGCCGGGCCAGCUCGCGCCCUGGAGCCAGGACGCCCGGACCUGUCCUCCGCCUGCCUCUGCCGCCGGCCGGCUCUCCCAAAGGAAUCGUCACAAGGUGCUCGUGGACUCCGGAGGACUCAGGAUGUGGGUGUGUGGGAGUGGCCGCCCCGGGGAGGAGACGCAGCCCUUGCGGUGCUUUCCUGCCGAGUGGAGAGGACUAGCUGUGGGGUUCGUGCUGUCCCCAGCGGGACCCCUUUCUGUGGGAACUCUCGGGAACGGCCCGAGACCCCCACUCCUUACCUUAGGUCGUGCCCCGCUGUACCUCUUCUGCGUAGAUUCUGAACUCGGGUGUUUCCACCGCACUUCUCCAGACUCUGCGGGUCCAGCAAGGGUCAGGGCGUCACGGACCCAGCUGCCUCUGUCCACCCGCAAGGCCGUCUCCCCUGUGCGUCUGGAUCUCGCCCGGACGGCUUCCUGCCUGGAAAGCCAUCUGCUCGAAGAGGGUGGAGGCUUCCUGGCCAAGGUGAGGCGGGCACCAGGGCUGCGGCAGGUGGGGCCCCAGCUCUCGGGGCACCCAGGCCUCCCUCCACCCGCAGCCCCGCGGCUCGUCUGCACUCAGCAGGGUAGAGGCGGCCCCUUUCCACCCCCGACAGGACCGCGGGGCCGUCUGCUCCUGGUCCCGGGUCUCCGCCCCUCGGUGUCCUGCAGUGAUGCCCUUUGGCCACGUCUGGGGGAGCCACCCGAGAGGACAGCCUUUCUCUGGUCCUGGCUCGAGCCCGGAGCCGCUACCUGUCUCCUCCCGCCGCCUGGCCCCUUCCUACAGGAAGACGAGUGCCACUCCCUGGGAGGGGGUCCAGGAGGGGAGAGCGGAGGACCACCUCUGAGGGUGAACGUCAGCACCCAGGGGCGCGCUGCCGGCCUUGCCCUGAGCUGGGCUGCCCGGGGGCCAGGCGGGCCCAGCCGCGCCCUCCGCCUCCACCGCCCGAGCCCCCUUGGCUGCCCUGAGGGGCAGCCGCUCCAGGCCCACACCAGCGGCUCCAGCUGCGCGUUCCAGGACCUGGUGCCCAGAAGUCACUACCGGCUGGAGGUACCGGCCCUGCGCCCCUGCGGGCAGCACGCCACGGUCGUCCUUACUGCCCUCACGGGCGCGUGGCCUGCGGGCCCGGUGACUGCCCGGGGCCUGCAGCUCCGUGGCUCCGGGAGCCUGUCCAGCCUGGUGGCCCCCGGGGAGCGGGAUGGCUACCAGCUUCUCCUCUCCCACCUGGGGUCUGAGGCAGUGGCUUGCGAUGUCUCCACGUCCUCGGGCACCCUGUCCUACAAUUUUAGCGGCCUCUUACCCGGCAGUGGGUAUGUUUUGGAGGUUACCACCUGGGCUGCCAACCUCCACGCGAAGACCAGCACCCACCAGUGGACAGGGGAGGCCACUCCCGUGCCUCCGGGUCAGCUGGCGUUGCGUGCCCUGGACACCCGUGCCCUGCAGGCCUCCUGGAACAGCUCUGGGGGUGCUGCCUGGCUGCACCUGGUGCUCACAGGCCUCCUCGGCGGCUCCAACCUGACGGCGGGGGCCCGGGGGGCCGUCUCCAGGCACACCUUCCCUCUCCUCUCUCCGGGAACCCCAUACGAGCUGACACUCAGCGCCUUGGCCGGGCCCCGCUGGGCAGCGGGGCCCACCGCCACCGAGUGGACCCAUCCCUCAGCCCCCCCGGACCUGCUGCGCGCUCCCCGGCCCCCAGGGCCCUGGGCCAGCUGGAACGCAGGGCCAGGGGCCCGGGACGGCUCCCUGCUCAGGCUGAGUGGGCCGGUGGAGAAGACCGUCCCUCCGGGCCCCGGGGCCCUGAAUGCCGCGUUCCCAGGGCCCCUGCCCUCCGGACACGACGCUCUGGCGCUGAGGGCUCUGGCCGGGCCCCACGCUGCCUGGACCCAGGCCCGCACCUGGCUGGACGAUGCUGCGGCCCAGCGCCCACAGGGCAAUGGUGCUGAGCUGCCCCUGGAGGGGCCAGAGGCCUGCAGCGACCCUGGGAGCCAGGCAGCGCGCUCUAUCGAGGGGGCCCCCGGCCUCCUCAGGAACGUUUCUGGGACACCUGGGCCCCAGGCGCCACAGCCACUGGAGGUCAUCAGCAGGAGCAACCCCUCUGACUUGAGUGUUGGCUGGGCUGCAGCCGCAGGGCAGCGGGAAGCCUACAGGGUCAGCUGGCACCAGGCGGGCAGCCAGAGUUCACUGGGUGGUCUUGUCGACUUGGGCCCAGGUCGUUCCAGCCUGACGGUGAGGGGUCUCGUGCCUGGCUCCUGCUACGCCGUGUUGGUGUGGACCUGGGCGGGGAGCCUCAGCUCCAGCCUCCAGAGGGCCCGCGCCUGCACCCUCCCUGCGCCUCCCGCCAACCUGAGCCUGGGCCCGGCCGCCGGCCUCCUGCCUGCGGGCUGUCUGGAGCCCCUCAGCGGGGGCAGGGACGGCUUCCUCCUGAGGCUCUACCGCCUGAGGCCCCUGGCUCUGGAGGGCGAGGAGACCCUGCGCCCCGAGGUGCAGAGCUUCUCCUGGGCCCCGCCGGCUCCCGGCACCGAGCUUCUGGCGUGGCUGGCCACCCUGCGGGGGCCGGACCAGAGCAGCGGCACCAACGCCACGGGCUGGACACGCCGCGGGGUUGGCCGCGGUUGCUCCCUGACCCUCGGGCGCCGGGACACCCCUCGCCCAUGGCCUGGGGUCCUUGGGGCCUUGGCCCUUCCCACUGGGAAGGUGGGCAGAACCUGGGCUCUGCUCCUGGGCGGCUGCCGCGGGGGGCCCUCACGCUCUCUCGUGGCCAAGGGCGGGGAGAGGAGGAAGCCGAGCCCCAGGGAAGGCUCUCGGCCCCUGAGGGGCGUCGGGGGCCCGUUCAGACGGCGGGGCCCAGGGUCCGCGCCCCACGCCAGCACCAGAGAGGAGCGGGGGGCGGGGGGCCAGGAAAGAGUCACAGUUACUGAAGCGCAGGACGUGCCACACGUGAGACCCGCAGCCCCGGGGCCGCACGGCGGGGCCCAGAAGCCCCCCGGGGGCCCGAGCCCGGCUCUCCCCCUCGCCCCUCCCCUGGUGAAUGUGACCAGCAAAGGCCCCACCCCGCUCCGGGCAUCCUGGGCCCACGCGCCGGGGGGCCGGGACGGCUACCGUGGGAUGCUGUGGACGGUGCCCGCGGGGGACGUGGACAGCUGACUGGUGGCGGCGGAGCAGCUGACUGCGGGGGGCGCCCACCUCGUCUUCCAGGCCGACACCUCCGGGGACGCCCUCCUGCUGCCCCGCCUGGCGCCCGCCGCGCUCUCCGUGCGGGGCAGGAGCGGCCUGCGGAGCCGGGCGGGCAGCCUGGUGGGCACCACGGCUGCCGAGCCGUGGCACCCCCUGGAGCCGGCGGCGGCCCCCCAGCUGGAGCCCGAGGCGGGCAUGGGCGUGCGGGUCGCCAGGGGCAUGUUUGGCGACGAGGACGGGCAGAUCCAGUGGUACGGCGUCAUCGCCUCCACCAACCUGUCCCUGGCCCGGCCUCCCCGCGAAGCCCUCAACCACACGUGGUACGACCACUACUACGGGGGACGCGACUCCUACCUGGCCAUCCUGCUCCCCAACCCCUUCUACCCAGGGCCUUCGGCCGUGCCGACGUCCUGGGUGGUGCCUGUGGGGACAGAGGACUGCGGCCAGACCCAGGACAUAUGUAAGGGGCAGUUCAAGCCGGGUGCCCGGUAUCGGUUCAGUGUCGCGGCCUUUACCAGGUACAGUUCUGAGACCCUCAUCUCCUUUUCAGCCUUCUCAGAGCCCCGGGCCGGCGUGCCCCGGGCAGCCAUUCCCCUCCCGGCGGUGGAGGGGGUGGUGGCCGGCGGCCGCCUCGCCCUCAGCGCCGCGCUGGGCCUGCUGUGCUGGAGGCGGGUGAAGGGGCAGAGGGCGGCGGCUCCCUGGGCAGGUCUCCCCUCCUCGGCCGCUGUCACGCCCCUGCCACCCUGCUCGCGGCGGCCCCGGCCCCUCCCGGCCCCUCGGCCGGCACCUCCGGACUCCCGUCCUGCAGUCUCCACCUCGCCCCUGACCGACCACCUGGGCGGUUUCAGAGCCGCCCUCGGGAUCCGGGGACGGGGCCUCAGAGACCCGCGCCCGCGUGUGGCCCUGCCCGCCCCGCCCCCGCCGCCUGGCCCCCGGCGAGAGCCCAGGGCAGACCCUGUGCCCCUGGGCCGGCGCCUGCUCCCCCGGCCCCGCAGGUGGACCCGCCGGCCCAUCCCCGCUCACCGCUCCCCGAGCAACGAGGCCGAGAGCGCCCACGCCCGCCAGGCUCUCCUCCGGGAGCCCGAGGAGCUGGAGGGGGUGGGCGAGGCGCGGCCGCGGCUGGAGGCCGAGAACCGCCACCCGCACGUGCUGCCCUACGAGCACGCGCUGGUCAGGCCGACCGCGCUGGACGGAGAGCCCCGCGGCUACAUCAGCGCCAGCUUCCGCCCGGGCUACGCCUGCCCGCAGGAGUUCAUCGCCACCCAGGGGCCUCUCAAGAAGACCCUGGAGGACUUCUGGCGGCUGGUGUGGGAGCAGCAGGUCCGGGUCAUCGUCCCGCUGACCGUGGGCGUGGAGAGCGGGCGGGUGCUGUGUGAGCACUGCUGGCCAGACGACUCCACCCCUGUCACCCACGGUCACAUCACCAUCCACCUGCUGGCCGAGGAGCCCGAGGACAAAUGGACCACGCGGGACUUCCAGCGGCAGCACGCUGCCCAGCACCCGCCGCAGGCGGUGAAGCAGCUGCAGUUCACGGCCCGGCCGGACCACCGCGUCCCCGAGGCCCGCUCCCUGCUGGCUUUGGCGGCCCUGGUUCGGGAGGAGGCGAGGGCCGCCCCGGGCGCGGGGCCCAUCCUGGUGCACUGCAGGGGAGGCUCUCUGACUCGCAGCACGGGCGUGGGCCGCUCGGGCGCCUUCGUGGCCCUGCCGCGGCUGCUGCCGCAGCUGGAGGAGGAGCAGACGGUGGACGCGUCCCACACGGUGGUGUACGAGCUGCGCCUGCACCGGCCCCUCGGGGUCCAGACCCCGAGCCAGUACGUCUUCCUGCACAGCUGCCUCCUGAGCAGCAUCCUGGAAGGGCCCCCAGGCGCCUCUGGGCCGCGGCCCAUCCCCGUGAGGAGCUUCGCCUGGGCGUGCGUGGAGAGGACCGCCGACGGCAAUGCCGGCUUCCUGGGGGAGCACGAGGUGGCGGGGCCGGGCGGCAGCACGCCGGGUCCCUUCGUGCCCGCACUUCUGCGCCCGCCCGCCUCACCCUCACGGCGCCUGCCCUGCCCCCAGCUCCUGCUCCAGGACCUCGAGGACCAGGCCGGAUCCGCGGCAGCCCCUCCCGGCUGUGGGCAGGAUGGCACGGCCUCCCGUGAGAGCGGAGGACAGCGGUUGUCGCGGGCGGCCGGCUCCGGUGAGGACGGCCCUGCUGCCGAGAUGCUUGACGCCUGGCUCUUCCCUGGCGGGCCCUCUGGCCGCGACCCCCUGGUGCCGACCGGCCCUGCGGGGCCCGCCGAGCUCUGGGAGCUGCUGUGGGAGCCCGGGGCCCGCUUGCUGGUCUCCCUGUGCCUGCCCGACCCCCGGGAGGCGGGGUGGGAGACCCGGCCCCGUGGCGCGGACGCGCUGGCCGUGCGCUGGGUGGCUGAGAGCAGUGCUGCAGGCCGGCCCUGCGCCCUCCUCAGCGUCGCACACGGAAGCGGGGCCAGGGGGAGCGGGAAGGAGAGGCCGGUGCGGGGCCUGCGGUUUCCCUGCUGGGGGCCGGGGCGGGAGCCCCCCGCUGCGAGCCUGCUGCCCCUCCUGGCUGCCGUGGGCCGGUGCUGCUCCCGGGACGCGGACGCCGAGACGCCGGGCGUGCUGCUGGGCGGCCGGAGCAGCGGGCACAGCCCUCCCUGUCUCCCGGCGUGUGGCAGGGGUGCCCUCCAACGCGAGGUCAAUUGCAGCAAGGGUGUGGCCCAGCUGGGCACCUUCUUGGCCACGGACCAGCUGCUGCAGCAGGCCGGGGCCGAGGGCACCGUGGACGUCUUCACCGUGGCCUUGCAGCAGUCACGGGCCUGUGGCCUCAUGACCCCGACGCGGGAGCAGUACAUCCACCUCCACAGCUGUCUCAACAGCGCGCUCGCAGGUGGGCUGCCUUGA